AUGGUGCAUUUUUUUGAGAGCAUCGGCCAUGCUGGCUCAGACACAAAAGUGCUGUGGUUCUCGGUGUUUGUGCGAAUGGCAUCUUUCAGUCUUACCAACCAGGUACUGACCUUGUAUCUCAAAGAGUUGCACAUCAAGGAGUCAUUGAUCGGACUGUUCAUGUCACUCACCAUGAUAGGAGAUACCCUGCUGUCGUACAUUCUGGUGUGGAACUCGAACAAAAUAGGCCAUCGUCGCAUCAUGGUGCUUGGAAGCUUCUUGAUGCUGAUAUCUGGCGCUGUGUUUGCGUCGGGAACAGAUAGCUUCGGCCUGCUUCUCAGCGCCUCGGUGUUAGGUGUGAUUUCACCAUCUGGAAGCGAGACAGGCCCGUUCAAGUCCAUCGAGGAAGCUGUUCUCGCAAAGUUGACCCCGCCAAACCAUCGGCCAGAAGUAUUUGCUGUGCACGCCGUUCUCUCGUGCGCGGGAUCGUCUCUGGGGGCACUAGUGGCAGGAUUUUUCGUCCAGUCAAUGGUUUCAAAGUACAAUUUCGUCCACAAGGACGCCUAUAGAUACACAUUCAUUAUCUACUGCGGCAUUUCGGCUGUAAAGAUGUUGUCAAUGCUACUGCUAUCACCCAAGUGUGAAAUUUCCUAUGUCCCAACCUAUGAAAAUGCUGCGAAUAAAAAUGUUCCGCAGGAAUCGAGCGAGCCUAAUGAUUCUACUCCUCUCCUCGUAUCGACUGUCGAACACCAGACCGUCACGGGACUCUCGCCAUCGACGCAGAAAACGCUUUUCAAGCUGCUGCUCACGUUUACGAUCGAUUCCUUCGGCGCUGGAUUCAUGCCCUUGGCAUGGAUCAUAUAUUAUUUCAAAUACGAGUUUGACGCCCCAGCAGCCACUCUAGGAGCCAUUUUCUCGUCGCUCGACAUCUUACAAGCACUCGCUGCAAUUCCGUCUGCCUGGUUUGCUAAACACAUCGGGCCUGUCAAGUCAUCGAUCCUCACACAGAUUCCUUGCGGGCUGGCCCUGCUCUGCAUUCCGUUGCUCGGCAGAACCUUAGCAUCUGCAUCUGUUUUCCUGCUUUUCAAUCAAACGUUCACCGCAUUUGAUGUGAUACCGCGACAGAUUCUUCUCUCGUCCGUGACGACCUCAGAAGAGCUUCCAAAAGUGAUGGGCACGGUAAACCUGGCGAAAACAGCCGUCAGAGCCAUCUCGCCAAACUUCACUGGUAUCAUGGCCCAGCAUGGAGCACUGUGGGUGUGCUUUGUUCUGAACGCCUCGCUCUUGGUGGCGGCGAACCUGAUCCUCGGAUACAAUUUUCCGCACCUUGAUUCGCAGAUAAUCCACCAUGACUAGUCCUCGUUCACGCGAAUGCGCUUUCCCACACCCUGAUCGCGCGUUGUCUCUAUGUUCAUCGCACUGUUGGACCGUGUGCUCAUGCUACUGUGCAUGGCAGUGCUGUUGCCCGACCUUGCUGCCAACUCGUUCACGUCAAAAUAAUCGUAACCACCCAAGAUAUUGGAGCUCUUUAACGUGUAGUUACUGGAAACCAUGGAUUUGGGAAUCGCACCAACGUAAGAUUCCAGCUCUCUGGCUCUGCUGCGCUCUGUGGACUUGUCAGAGACACUUCCCUCCUCUUUCCAUAGAGACUUGAUUUCGUCAAAAACACUCUCCAACGUUUCCAAAAACCUGUCUGUCUGUCUCCAUUGCGACGAAGCCACAAUCGAGAUCAUGUCAUCCUUGAUGAUGUAGCCAAUUCCAAAGCCGGUAGGGAUUGCCGGGGUGACACCAAAUAGAUGCAACGCCGGGUUUCCGCAAUUUGCAACAAGGAGCUCAGGCUUGUACAGAUGGUCGAGAGCAGGCUCAAAUAAGAACGGCGGCACCUGACGCGUCUGACAGCUUGAAACUUUUGGAUGCAGCUUCUGAAGAAGAUCAAGCUGUAUGAACGCCGAUCUUAGGGCACUGAGAUGCCGCUCAAAUCCCUGUCCUCUGGAAGCGUUGCGUACUUUUUGCGAGUGCUCGUCAACGGCAUCAAGAAGCAAGUUCCAUUUCUGGGAGCCUGAGGUUUGAGAGAUGAACGCCUGGCACAGAGCAAGCACAGCCUCGCUCUGGAUGCAUAUUGGCUCCGUUCGAGCGUCUCUGAACUUGCGAGUACUGACAGGCUCGAGCGUUGGCGCUGGCUUUCCGUAAAGUGCAUAGUACGUAAUCUGAAUAGCCAGCUGAACGAUCGAGUCGGCAGGGAGGUUAAGUUUGUUGGCAAAAACGCUGUUUCCAAGAGUCGUCACUGUUCUGGAAACGUACUCGUGCUGGUGAAUAAUGUCUGCUAGACGGGUCUCCGCAAGGUGCAGGCCUGACCUAAGUUCAGGAGUGAGCCCGAAUUCGAGCUUUUGGAACGUUGGUUUGUCCAGCUGGCUAUUGAUCGGAACAGUGUUGACGUUCUUCCAGAGGGUGUAGUUUGUACCAUUGAUCUUCCUGGCUAGACGCAAAACCGAGUCUGUGUAAAUAUCGCUCACGAACCGCAGCACAGUGGUUCCAUCCAUGCAUGCAGCAGGAUACACACAGGCUGCGACAGAGUUUUCUGUAAUGAUCAGAUUCAGCUUGUCGUAGUAGCGAUUGGUACAUGUGCCGACCUGGAUCCCGUUUGAAUCAAUUCUUGACGUUCCAUGCGAAACAUACUGCACUUUCUGCAGGUCAUCAGUUGGGGCCUCGUGGUCAAGAGACACCACAAAUAGCGCAUUAUCAAGGAUUUCCAAAACGUCCUGGUUCGAGCGUUCCAGACACGAGCGGGCGUGCCUCCAUGUGGACUUGAGUUCAGUCGUGAAGGAGCCAAUUGCAUGCCUUGACACGUCUGCCUGGUCUUCCUUCUUUGAGUCCUCCAUGAUUUCGAGCAGAAUUUCUUUCAGCUCGUGCUUGGAGAACCAGAUCUGAUGGUCUUCAGAAAGCACUUCGAGAACGUAGAACUGGGAUCUGGACAUCACAACAAUGUGCCUGCUAUUCUGGUAAUCAGUACAUCUUUUUAUGGUGACACCGUUGUUGAAGGGCACGAUGGUGGUUCCAAACAGAUUAUGAUAGGAGCUCAUGGAGAGCGGCUGUUUGCUUUUCGGGGCCGUGUCCGGCGUGAGGAGAUCCUGGCGCAGAGCUACAAUAAAGCGCAAUGCAGAGGUGAUCAAAAUCGAAGCCCGGAAAGCCUGUGUGGGGGGCAUCGAUUUGAGGGGAUCGUCUUCAAAAAUGAAGAAGGGAUUCCUUGGCAACGUAUGGCCUCUGAGAUCGCCAUACACAUUUGCCGUGGUAGGGGAAAUUCCCUCAGAUUCCAAAUAAUUGUGAUUAAGCUUGGAGCUUUCAAGCAAGUGCUGCUGGAGGAGCUGAACGAUGUCUGAGUUGAGAAGCUCAAACGAUUUCCCCUCAAGAUGGCGGUACUCCUCGGCAGAAACGAGCGGUUUCAGAGCCUUGAGCGCCUGGUCCACGGUGUCCAGCAGAGCAGGGACGGGAAGCCGGGGCAAUUGGGCCUCAUGCUGGAACGUUAGGUUGGACAUGGUAAGCAACAGUAGCAGGACGAGGGGAGAGCAGAAAUAUUUAUACCCC